UUAAAAAAAGACACAACUCCAGUCCAGCAUCACUGCAAGAAGCUCUUAAUCCGUCAGGCUCAGAGUAAUACCACAUCAAACACUUUUGGUCAGGCAUAUAGGUUUGAUACCAUCUAAACAUUGUGAAGAAGUGUCAGUGGACAGUAACUCUCUUAAACGAGUGUGGAAUUUUAUCAGGUGUACCGAUGGCUGACCCUACAGCAAGCAUUGACAUUGGCUCAAGCACAAAUUCCUCUGGCAACAUCACUUGUCAGUUUUCUUCUGUUGGCUUGGCAAUAUUUACGAUUACUGCCUAUUCGUUAGUUUUUGUAGUUGGAAUCAUUCUCAACAGCCUGGCUUUCUGGGUCUACUUCUGUCACGUUCCCAACCGCAACAGCAUCAUCAUCUAUUUAAAGAACCUGGUUGUAGCCGAUUUCUUGCUGGUCAUCUCACUGCCUAUAAGGAUUGGUGCAGAGAAGAAAGUGGGCUCCACAAUAUUGAGAGAAAUCUAUUGCAACUUUACGACAUGCAUCUUCUAUUUGAACAUGUACUCAAGCAUUCUCUUCCUGGGAUUCAUUGCGGCCACUAGAUACCUGAAAAUUGUCAAACCAUUUAAAAUACAUGCAUUUCAAACUCUUAAGUCUGCAAGAAUUGUCUCCAUUGGAAUCUGGUGUGUAUUUCUCAGCCUUGGAGUUUCAUACAUGCUCCUGUCAGGGAAAAAGCCAGCCCAGAACAGUACAAAAGAAACAUGCUUAGGAUUUAGAAGUGGUACGGGAAUUCACUGGCAUAUAUUCCUCCAUGCUGGAGGCACAUUUCUGUUUCUCUGCGUGCUAAUAGGGCUUUGCUUCUUUUACUUUCAAACUGCAAAACGUCUUGACAAAUCCCCAACUCCAAGCUCACUCAAAAAGCAAGCCAAGGCAAAGAACAACAUCCUCAUCCUCCUUGUUGUCUUCUUGGUCUGUUUUGUUCCCUACCACAUCGCAAGGCUUCCUUACAUUUUAAGUCAGGUAAAUGUCAUCACUGGGUGUUUUUGGGAAAAGAUUCUUUACCACUUUAAAGAAUUUGCCAUUGUGCUGUCAUCGCUUAACGCCUGCCUUGAUCCAGUGAUCUACUUUCUCUUUUGCAAGGCAUUUAGGUCAAAGUUAGGCCUGGAGAGAAACUCAAAGGACAGUGACUCGUGCAAAGAUCAGUCUUUACAAACUAACCCUUCACGAACUGUACUCGAUGAACCAACAACAGCCACUUCAACAAACUCACCUUCAACCUGCUCUUGCUCUCGAUUAUUCCAAUUUCUAAGAAGGAAACAAAAAACUCCUGAAGGGAUGUGAAAAAAAUCGAUUGGGAGAUGGGAAGGGUGAAGGCACUGAACUUAUGUAACGCCUACUGCAGAAGUUCUUCAGUGAUUGAAAUGUUUUUGGAAUAGGAACACAUUUUUGUUAUCUUGUCAAAAACAGUGACCAAUUUACAACACAACAAAGUCCCACAAAACAGCAAUGAGAUGAAUUAAGUUAGUCUGCUCCUGGUGAUGUCAGCUGAAGAAUACAUGUUGGCCAAGGAAGAUUUAACACCUCAGUUUGAACCCAUAGCCUCUGGCAUCGUAAUCACCUGCAACCAUAGUGUUCACCCAGGUUCGAAUUUACCAUAAUCACAGCAACUACAUUAUUCAUCAAAGUUCGCAUUUUCCAUAUAUCAGCAGCCACAGCAUUCAACAAGGUUCGCAGUUAUCCAAGUUUUUCGGCAUGGAUUUAUUCUAUCUAGAUCUGCUCUCCACAGCUGAUCACUUGGCCAAGACUUUCUACAGAUACAGUUGAUCAUAGCUCUCAAUUCAGUGAAUGGGAAACGUCUCUAACCUGCAGCUAUUAACAGCUUUGCUUUGCACCAAAAGUAAGGUGAGCUGUUGAUGAAACACUACAUUCUCUCACAAUCUUGCCAUUGUUACCAACCUUGGCGAUGAAUAAUCCUUUUGUUUGGAUUGCAGGAGACCAGUAGCUAAGCAACCAUCCAUGCACCAGCUCCUGUAUGUCUGGUGGCAGAAUCAUAAACACACACAAAGUGCUAAAAGUAAAAAAAGCACCUUGUGGAUAGCUACGGUGUGCAAUUUUAAACUCACAAAUAAGAGUAUAAAAUGCCUACACAAAGAUAGGUUAUAUGUUUCAUCAUCUGCAGUGAAAAACAAAAAGAUGUAACUAUAAAGUGGAAUUUUGGAACAUUGCACAAUCACAUUGUUUCAUCUGAUUUUGACAUAAACAGACUGAAGCAUUCUGAUCGA